AGACUGACUCGACCCCUGUGACAGCCGUCGACGCCUACCCGUGUGAGUGCGCCCCCGGGCCAACGUCAGUAUUUGGACUGCCACUCUGAAGAUGGCGGAGGCUGCGAUGGUUCCCCGGCAGCGCUUCUUCUGUCACUGCUGUAAAGGUGAAAUCGAUCCUAAACUCCCGGAGUUUGUUUGUCCCACGUGUGAGUCUGGAUUUAUCGAGGAAGUGACGGAGGGGUCAAGUCUCUUGGCAACCACUGAAGCCAACGAUGAUGUCGGCUCCCAGUUUACUGAGCUGUGGCAGCUGCUUUUCAUGGAGCGCUCUGCCCUCCUCGACGACCCCACCAGUGCUGAGCUGCUGUCCAGCAGAGAGGAGGGUGCGCUGGAGGCAGCUGACCGGGGUACCCAGGCAGAGCCAUCACCACCGCCCACAGCACCCACAGAGGUAGAGCCUCUGGCCCAGCAGGACACCGACACACAGCAAAGGACUCGGCCCCGACCAGAGAGGCCGCCAGCAAUGGAAGGGAUUGUGCAGCAGUUUCUGGCUGGUUUGUUUGCCAACAAUGGAAACCAAAGUUCUGCAACAUCCUCAUGGUCUCUGCACUCAAACCCGGGGGACUACGCGUGGGGUCAGGGCGGCUUAGAUACGGUCAUCACACAGUUGUUGGGUCAAUUAGAGAACACGGGCCCUCCGCCUGCCGAGAAAGAGAUGAUCUCAUCACUCCCUACCGUAGCGGUUUCUCAGGAACAGGCUGCGUGCCGACUUGAGUGCCCCGUGUGCCGGGAGGAGUACGCGGCCGACGAGAACGUCCGGCAGCUGCCCUGCCUGCACUAUUUCCAUAGCGACUGCAUUGUGCCAUGGUUACAGAUGCACGACACGUGUCCAGUAUGCCGUAAGAGUCUAAACGGAGAAGACUACAGUUUACUGCCAGAGCCCCUUGCCCAGGUUCCCGAGCCCAGCCCUGUCACUGCUGAACCCCAGGGAGGCACAGCCCUGUGAAGGAAGCCUUGCUGCCAUCUCCAGACCCGCUCCAGGCGAAUGUGCUCUAA